AAUAGGAGGAUUUAUGCCGACAAAGUUCCAACGGUAUUUAAACCAGGGGGUGCUCGGUGGCUUCCACUCGCUAGAGUGCAAUGACCGGCGGCCUCGAGAGACUUUAGAUCUAUCAAAUUAUAUAUAUAUCCAUGUACAAUAUUCCUGUAAGUUCAAAUUUAACCACAUUUCUAUAACCAUCGUCAGCAUAAUAUUAUGAAAAAUGCAAAUUUUUCUUCAAAUUGUAAACAAAAAUUUCCGCAUAAUAAUUAUUACACACACAACCAUAUAUAAAGACAAGGGUUGAAAGUAUUAUGAAACUCUUCCUCCAUAUCUUCUUUCCAUUUAAUAUUUUUUAAUGAGACUAAUUAAAAUAAUUUAAUAUAUGAUCUUAAUAAUUGAGUAUAUUUCUGUUAUUUUUUAUAACAGGCGAGUCUUAAUAGCAGACAACCGACGUGCAUCUUUUUGUUAAUCGACCAAAUAUCUGACCUCGAUUACGGCCGAAUUGCAUAAUAGCUCCCGAAAAUUUCUUAAGUCGAGUCAAGCCGAGCCACGCGAUAGUCGCGAACCGCGCGCAGAAACCGCAUACAGAGAAAAGAGAGAGAGAGAGAGAGAGAGAGAGAGAGAGAUAUGCAACCGGUAGCGGAGGUGGUGGCGAUGAUGGUGGCGGUGGUAGAGAGACCAGGACUCCGCACUCUCGAUCGUGACCUAAGAGCGAGCGAGUGAAUGCAGCGGGCAAAUGUAAAAGCGAGACCGAGAGAUUAACCGAUGCGGGGGAGGAGGAGGAAGAAGAAAGACCUCGGUACAACGAGCGGGAGCAAGAGAGACUGAGGCGGCAAAGACGAAGUAGUAGUAGGUGGACGAUGAAGGAGGUGAUGGUGGUGAAGCAGAAGGACGAGGAGGUGGCGAUGUUGGUGGUGGUAGGAGAACCAGCCUCCGCCAGUCUAUCCACGUGUUCAGUGUAGUAGCGCGUUAUGACCCGGAUGUUAGAUCGUAGCCGCAGUUUCGCGAGUACCUGCCGACCCGGAUGUCCUCCCGUUCGCUGUCCACCGGUGAUAGACUACUGAUGUCUUCCUGGCCACCGAAAUAUGUUCAAUCGGAUAGAUGCGAGCAAGUCUACGAAAGGCGCCAGCAAAUUACGAAGGGACCUGAUAAACGCCGAAAUUGCGAAUCUACGUGACUUGCUGCCGUUGCCGCCCUCGACACGCCAGAGGCUUUCCCAGCUGCAGCUUAUGGCCUUGGUCUGCGUGUUCCUGCGAAAAGCCAAUUACUUUCAGCAAGCGCUGAAAAACUACCCGUCCGAGUCCUCCAAUAUUCCAACACCCAACAUAGGGUUCUCAAAAGCAAUGUCCGGUUUUAUCAUGAUGAUGACGCAGCAGGGAAAAUUGUUGUAUAUAUCAGAAAAUGCAGCGGAUUAUCUCGGGCAUUCUAUGGAGGACUUACUCAUCCACGGGGACAGCGUGUACGAUGUAAUCGACAAGCAAGAUCAUUUAAUUGUACAAAAUCAAUUAUCCAGAAACAGUCCGAUUCCGAGUGACAGGAGGCUGUUUCUCUGUCGAAUCAACGUAUCGAGAAAUUCUCGCAGGCAGCUACGAUUCGGCGAUCAAAAGGUAGUCCUUGUAGAGGGUCACUUCCUGCCAUUCGUGCCUGUUUGCAACCGCAACGAAUUCGUCUUCCUGGCUUCCUGCACUCCGGUAGUCUUACCGGAGACACGAGAGAGCAUCGUCCAAGGCGCGACCAAUAUCUUUACCACGAUUCACUCGAUGGACAUGAAGUACCUGCAUAUCGAUAAAACCGCGGAAAGCCAUCUGGAGUAUACUCGUGCUGAAUUGCUCAACGUAUCCUGGUACAAUCUGCUUCAUUGGGACUCCAUAAGAACCGCUUACUGUAAACAUCAAACCGUUAUUCAGUCUGAUCAAGAGCGAUCUACUACCGCUCUGCUGAAGCUGCAGAGUCGUUCUGGGAGGUGGUUCUGGGUACAUUGCGUGCUGCAGGUCAAGGAUACUUCCGAUGAGUGCCAACAUCCUAUUAUCGUUUGCACGAAUCAAGUGCUCACCGACAAGGAGGCGGAAGUAAUGCGCUCCAGUUCGUGGCUGUACCAAUAUUCCUCUCAGACGAAAUUCACCUACGGACUCUGUCCCGGCGGCCAAGGUCGCAGCAUUGCGUAUCCUUCCGCGGGACAGACUGUCAAUCAAACUCAAGAAUACCAUCGGGCGUAUUCCAACGAUACUGAUGUCCAGCAUUCACCAUCCCUUAAUCCGGACCGGUCCGAAACGGAAUCGCACAUGGCCUCGAAGAGCGCACAGCCGAUGGAUUAUCCCGGCAGGCGACUGUUGCGAGAUGACACUGAGCCGGUGGAUAUGUCGAUAAGCAGUGCGGAGCAACACGAAGGUAGAAGCAUGCAGGCUGCGGUCGCCGAUCAUCAUCAUCAGCAGCAGCACACUCUAGACGAUCCGGUCAGAUACCACCAUAAACAGUACCAUAAGAGCUCGCUGCAUCUGGCUGGCUAUCGGGCAAAGUUUGUACAGUGCCACGGCGGACAAUACGUCGGCGGCGGCUGCGCGGAUGUGCUGUCGAUGCCCGGCACCAAGUAUUAUCUUACCGACCUCGACCGGGACUACUGUUGCGGUCCGGAACGCAGCGGCAGCCUGCACAGCAAGCGUCCGCCGACGAAAGCGCUAAUUGCGCCACCGACGCCGUCACUGACGGCCGAAUCGGCGGUGCCGCCGCCGCCGGACACUGUCUCUCUGGAGAACUGGGGUGCCAGUCCGGCCUGGUCGGACGCGUUGCAGAGGGUGCCGGACAUGGUGCAUCAGGAACUCAGCCCAUAUAUCACCACGCCGACUACACCGGUCAACACGCCCGAUUCCGAUACCCUCGGCCACUCGGAGGCGCCUAUUUUUAAUUUUGACUGGGCCGGCACCGAGCAACACGUACCCAACUUGAAAAUCACCUUCCACCGCGGCAGCGUCGCGACCACUACCGCCAACCAUCCCAUCAUCCAGCCUAAAAAGCCGCAUCAGGACACGGUACAACCCAUUACGCUACAGUUACCACGUAGGAAGGGACAAUCCGCGGAGAACGACAGCAAGGACUUCUCGAAAUGAGCAAAGGGUAGAGGGAUGUAGUGUAAAAGCUUAAAGAAUGUCGAAGAUACCGAUUAGUUUCUUAAUAAAACAAAAAUUCAUAUAAAAAUCUAGAAAAGAAAUUAGAGAAGAAAAUAAAAUAUAGGAGUCAUCUAAAAGGGUCCAAGUCGAGAGAAUCGAAUGCGAACACAAAAAAGGUGUUCGGACACAGCGCCAUACUCUCUCUCUUUUUAACACAUAGCUUUUGUCACAGACAACGGAGUAUAUUCUUCCAAAUUCUCUAUCGGUAUCGCAUUACACAAUUUUCUACACGCUCGCGUUCGUCUUUUGUAUCUUUUCUUUUUUUUUAAAUCUUCUUCAUCACUGUCUCUUUGACGUCUUAUACAUUUUACUCUCGAAUCGUAAAUUCUUCAUUAAUAUAAAACACGUAUAUAAACAUAGACUGAUUACAUCGGUGUUUACAAUAAUCUACGAUUAAAAAAAGGUCGUACAUCGUUUCGUUUAUCUCCGGUAUACGCUUUUAUGCGAGAACAUUCGUUUUGAGAUAAAUAGCACGCAUCGUACGCGUAUAUAUAUAUAUAUUCCAAGUGUAUAUAUAUUUAUAUAUAUAUAACUAUAUGUAUGAGUGUGCAGUGUCGUAAGAGGAUACCCAGGUACAUGCGCUAUAUAUGUGUUUGAGAUUUCUUUUGAAAAAUACCUAAAUCUCUUACAUCUUGACACACGAUCGUGAAAUAUAUUCGCUUUGUACAUUUUAACGCAUUUUCGUCGAAGGAAAGAUUUUUUUUUCUUUUU